CAAAUAUAUAAGUUAUUUAAUAAAAAGAUAUGAAAAGCAGGUGCUACAAAAAAAAAAUCAAAACUAUGUCCUUUUUUAUGAAUGCUUCAAAGAAUAUAUAUACUCCUAAAAACGAUAUUCCUCAAUCAGCGAUCGAUUCUAAUGACCAUUCCAUCGAUCUAACGUCUGAAAAUGAUGAAGAGACAAAAACUAAUGUCAGCAGCGAAAGAAGCUACCCAAAGCCUGCGCAACAAAAGACAAAGGAAAAUAUUAUAUCUUUAACUCAAAAAGCAUCAGUCCUAGUGCAGGCAAAUAAUUCAACAAUGUCUAGCGAAAUCCAAAAGGAGCUUGCCAAAACUAGGCAAGAAAUUGAAAAUGAAACAAGAACCCUCAAGCGCAAGCAAAAAACAGAGGCUCAACAUAAAAUGGCAGAAUAA